UUAAUGGUAAUUUAAUUUAAAAAUGGCGCUUCUUAUUCUGUUAUAUGAUUGGUUAGCAUGAUGUAGCAUUUCAUUGUAAGAGGCAUGAUUGGUAAAUUAACAAUACUUGAAUGGUGAAAAGAAGUAUGUCUGCAAAUGACUAGUCUAAAAUUGACAAAAAUAGCAAGUUGUUCAAUAACUAAUUAAUGCGCUCACAUGAACGGUUGAAGAAAGUUGACAGUGAAAUACAAAUUUAGUUUAAUAAAGAAAGUGCUCUGCUCAUCACCAUGAAGGAAGAAAAUACAAUGAAAUAUACUGAUAUUUCAGGAUUUCUGCCUCAAAAAGAAAAUGUUUAUAAUAAAUUACUUCCUUACGCCGAUAAACUAGAUGAAGAAUCUGCAAGAUUAUUUCUAGACAUCAAAACUAACCUUGUCAAGUCGGUUUUAGCAAAAGAAACGAGACCAGGCUGUGCUUUAUGGACAUCCAGACUUAUUAAAUAUAUGAAAAUUUAUGGACUUAAAUUUUCAAAGGAAGACCACAUUGGCCUUAUUCAAUUAUAUUAUGCACUUCUUACCAUUCCAAAUUUAGAACCCACCAGAAUUAACAAAUUUGCUUCAACUUUACAAUUCCUUUUAAAAAAAAGACAUUUAAUAAGUCCAGAAGAACUAGAAUUAGAAUGGAAACCACUUUAUGAUUUAUGUAUUAGGAUAAUGGAAACAAGCAAAACAGACUUGGGAAUGUACAGAUAUUUUUUGACAUUAGAGAAUACUCUGAAAAAUUUGAUAAGAUUUUGCAGAAUUUAUUUUCCAGUUGAAGCAACACAGGAAAUAUUAGAUGAAUUUAGGCCACUAUUAUGCCCCCACAGCACCGCCGACAUUGCUUGUGCUAUAGAAUAUUUAGAAUUGUUUUUGCCAGUAAUUAUGAAGCCUGAGCAGGCCAACAUUGGGUAUAAUUUAUGGUUGGAAGAAUUAAUGAACCUUUGGGAAGUAUGUCACAAUGCUAGUGUAUGGGAAAAUGUAAGUUUUUUACAUAAACUAAAUGCCUACUAGUGCCGCAUGUGGUUA